AUGCAUGGUCCCGCAUACACUACUCUGCAGUGGCCUGCACAGCGACAAGAGCCGGCCGGCUCUUCGUUUCCAUGUAGAGCGCGCGGUGGCCCAAUAGCUGCCGACGAAGCUUUAAAGAUUGAUAAACACUGCGUUCAAGAGCAUGACCCUGGCGAAGUUGAUUGUGGCCUGCUGUCGGGCGAAUCGGCGCUAGACCAACAAAAUUCGCCCCCUCCCAACUGUUGA